AUGGGGGGUUCGGGGGGUCCAGUCCAGACCAUGUACCAAGAAGAGCAUGUAGGAAAACUGCCGCAGUACGGGGAGUCCCCAUGUAAUAUUACGUACGAGGGGAUUCCGGAUCUUAGGCUGAUAGAGUUUGGUUCACUCUCAACGCUAUGCGGCGCGUAUACUAGCCGCACAGCCGCCCUCUUCCGCAUAUACCCCCCAACCAACGGAACAUAUCCAGCAAGCGAGCGAAGACAGGUCGAAAGGAGAAACACCCGGUACACUGGUAUCGAUCCAACGUGGUCGGAAAGGCACCUCAAUGCAUGA